AUGUCCCCUUUCCUAUUUCUUGUCAAGUUCAUCGGUACAAAGAAUCUGUUAAACAUCAAAUUUAGCCAAAGAAUAAUUGCUGCUUUGGACGCAAUUCGACAGACUAUAGGGGCAUACUCCGACGGAGCUCUUAUUACUCGUGGAAAUAACACGAAGUUUAUUCGCACAGUAUACAGAAGCCCACAGGUCAGCCAGAAUUCAUUAGAGGAUAUACACCGCUUUUACCCUCUCUUGCAUGCUAUUAUGGAUUUGCCAUUUCCAACGAUAGCUCCAGUUACAGAGCAUACUUUCUGCGGCGGUUGUUCUUUAGCUCUUGCACAUGACUAUCGCACUAAGAAUGCCGAACGCGGUUUUAUCUCUAGGCCUCUACUUGACCUUGAGAUGCAUUCUUCGGGCAUUGGUGUGCUUCCUAAGCGAAAACUAAGCCCACAAGCAACGCGAAAGAUGCUCCUGGAAGGGGACAAGUUUACCAGGAAAGAGGCACUGGAAGACCGAGUUGUCGACUUCACUGCAUCUCCCGAACAAUUGCUGGAUGCUGCGGUAGAACUUGCUAAUAAAUAG